AUGAGGAAGCUGAAAAGCAACGCUACCCUUUCAGAUUUCAUUCAUCUCUAUAAAGUAAUCCCAAGAGCCAUUUGUUUCUCAUCAGUUGAGGCACAUCUUAUGAUGAGUAUGUCGACUUGUAAACUAGCAAGUAGUACUCAAUCUCCUCCUUCUAAUUCAACCCCUUUUUCUAAGCGCCGGAAAUGGAGAAAUGAAGAAGUGGGUUCUGUAGUUGACAGGAUCAGCAACUUACCGGAUUCAAUUUUAUCACAUAUUCUAUCAUUUCUCCCCACCAAAGAUGUUGUGGCAACUGGGGUCUUGUCAAAAAGAUGGAGUCUUCUCUGGACAAGUGUCCCCUCCCUCGAUUUCGAUGACAAUGGCUGGCACUUCAAAAAAUCAGGAAUGAGAUUUAUGAAUUAUGUUAACAGGGUCUUGAUUGAGCACAACGCUGGAUCCAUUCAGAAGUUUAGAAUCAAAAGCGUCGCGACUGACACCUUUGAUCUUCAACCACGGAUCAGGAAGUUGCUUCGAAGCACUUUCACUUGCAAAACGCUUGUGGUUCUCAAGUUGAGCGGUGGUAAGGUGACUAUUACUGUUCCAAGCACAGCCUGCAUUUCAAAUUUGAACAUAAUUGAACUGGAUUCAGUGAAAUAUGGAGAUGAGGAAUCACCUAGUAACCUGAUUUCUGCCACUCUUGCUCUUGAAAUUUUGUCCAUUCGGAGACAAGAAUUCGAUAACGACAAAGAUUCUCCUAGCUGGGUUAUUGCAGAAAAUUUAUGGAAGGAUCCGAGGGUUGUGCCCAGAUGUUUGAAGUCAUGCCUUAGAACGAGUUUGCUUCUGGAUUUCAGGGAAUCAGAAAUUGAGCUGGGUAUGUUAAAGUACAUGCUCAAGAAUGGGAAAGUAUUAGAGACGGUUGAAUUGCAUCAUACUGAUUAA